AUGGCCGCCAUCACCAAUGAGCUGAGUUCAGGUUGGCAAUGCAGACAGUCUGACGAUACGUCAGAUAACGUAUGGCUCGCGGUAUCGAAGGUACCAACCACGACCCAUCUCGUUCUCCAAGAAAAUGGGAAGAUUCCGGACCCCUUCAUGGAUAUGAAUGAGCUGGCUGUACGAUGGGUUGCAGAGAAGUCAUGGACCUACAGAACAGUUUUCACCACUCCGACAAACAGACAGUCUGGCGCAAGGACGGACUUGGUGUUUGAAGGCCUCGACACCUUCGCCACGGUAGCUCUCAACGGCCAAAAGAUCCUCGAAGCAGAUAAUAUGUUCCUCGAAUACAGGGUCGAUGUGACGGACCUUCUCCUGCCACCCUCCUCGGAGAACGCCCCCAGUGAACCAAACGUCCUGGAAAUUAUCUUUGACUCUGCCCUCCUGCGUGGCCGUGAGCUUGUCAAACAGCACUCACAUGAGCACGAUUUCAUUGCCCAUCAGACCGAGUCGAGUAGACUUCCCGUGCGGAAGGCACAGUGUCACUGGGGAUGGGACUGGGGCCCUAUUCUGAUCACUUCUGGACCGUGGAAGCGCAUUCUGCUGGAAACGUAUGCUGUUCGAAUUGAUGACAUCUGGUUUCAAGGAGAGGUAAGUGAAGAUCUGAGGGCGGUGUGGGGGAAGUUGUUCGCCAGUGUUGUUAGUGGAACCGGGAAGUUUGGGGAUGGGAAUCUCAUCAAGCUGUCGUUAUCUCUUGACGGUAAAGUGCUGUAUGAAUCAGAAGCACACAUCAACAAGGGUGGCGUCGCCACGGCUGAAUUUCGACUGGAAGAUCCUGCUCUCUGGUACCCUCGUGGAUAUGGCCAACAGUGCCUCUAUGAGCUCCGAGCUACAUUAUCCACGAAAGGAACCGACCUUGUCUCCAGAUCUAGAUUGAUCGGCUUUCGACGCUGUGAACUCAUCCAGGAGCCGGAUGAGUUUGGCAAAUCGUUCUAUUUCCGCAUCAAUAAUGUCGACGUCUUUGCAGGCGGCUCUUGCUGGAUUCCUGCAGAUUGUUUCCUCCCACGAGUUGGGGGGGACGGGUAUCGGAAGUGGGUGGAACUGAUGAUCGAGGGCAACCAGAUCAUGACAAGAAUCUGGGGCGGAGGAAUCUACGAGGACGACUCGUUCUACAAUGCCUGCGACGAGCUGGGUAUCCUGGUCUGGCAAGACUUCUGCUUCGCUUGCGCCAGCUACCCGACCUACCCUGCCUUCCUCGCCCAGAUCGAAGAGGAGGCGCGCUUCAAUGUUCGCCGUCUCCGCAGCCAUCCCUCGCUGGUCAUCUGGGCCGGGAACAACGAAGACUAUCAGAUCCAGGAGAAACAUAACCUGGAGUACGACUAUGACGGCGACAAGGACCCGCAGUCGUGGCUCAAGACCAGCUUCCCCGCUAGGUAUAUCUACGAGUAUCUUCUGCCCAAGGUCGUGCAGGAAGAGAGUCCCGGCGCGGUGUAUCACCCGAGCAGUCCCUGGGGUGACGGCAAGAAGACCUGGGAUCCAACGGUGGGAGAUAUUCAUCAGUGGGAGGUUUGGCACGGCUCCAUGCGCCGGUACCAAGAGCUGCCCAAGUUGGGCGGACGCUUCGUGAGCGAAUUCGGCAUGGAAGCCUACCCACACGUGUCGGCCAUCGUCUCGUCCAUCGCCACAGAUCCACAGCAACAAUACCCGGGUAGUAUGACCAUGGACUACCACAACCGAGCCAUUGACCACGAGCGACGCCUCAUGACAUACGUCGCCGAGAACUUUCGGAUCCAAUACGACCUGCCGACCUUCACGCACUUGACCCAGGUCAUGCAGUCCGACGCAGUGGGGUUCGCGUAUCGCUCGUGGCGGCGCGAAUGGGGCUCUUCCUCUGGGUUGACAGGUCAGAAGAAAAAUCAGAAGAUGAGGAAAUGCGGCGGCGUCCUCGUCUGGCAGUUCAACGACACCUGGCCGACCAUGUCGUGGGCCGUGGUUGACUACUACCGCGUGAAAAAGCCAGCAUUCUAUGCCAUCAAGCGCGCGCUGAAGCCGCUGGCCGUGGGCGUGAGCAGGCCGUUCCACGAGUGGACGUCGGGCCACAUGGACCCGACAGGCGCCGUCCGGGAGACCAAGUUUGACCUGUGGGUGUGCAGUUCGCACGCAGAUGGUGAUGUUCAGGCCGACGUGGUCGUGCGGGUCAUUUCGAUCAAGUCGGGACGCGACGUGGUCCAGCCGAUCAAGAAGACUGGUGUCACAGUCAAGGCGAAUAACACGACUGAGAUCUUUCGAGGAAGUGAGUUGCCCGUUGACAACGACAGCACCACCGCUGGUGAUCCUCCUGCAAUUCCAUCCACAAGGCCGUCCGGCAUUGAUACACGCGCCUGGGAUCCCUACGUCAUCCACGCCUCGCUCCUCGUGAACGGCCAGGUCGUCAGCACCGACACCGCCUGGCCCCAUCCGAUCAAGUAUCUUGACUUCUCCGCGGCGCGGGACGUCAAGGUCAAGGUCAAAGCGUCAGGGCAGAGUGGGAAGCAUAACAAGGUGGUUACCGUGACGGCAGCGCGGCCUGUGCAUGGAUUCGUGUUCCAGGAGGAGAGGGACGGGCCGACCUUCAGCGACAACGGAUUCGAUAUCGUGCCGGGGGAGGAAGUCGUUGUUGACGUCGUCGGCGGUGGAACCGUGACGGAGGAAACCCUCAGGUGGACUUAUAUUGGGGAAGGGGAUAGUAUAUCUACCCAUCCUCCUGCGAUUUUAAAGGCAUGA